CCCACCCAACGCCCAGUGAGUCAUCGGCCCUGGCUGCCUCUCUAUAAAUCCCAGUACAAUUCUCAGCAUGAGCGCCGCCACCCCUUCAGGGCUGAGUUUUCCUAUUUGGGUCGAGAACCGCCGUAUAAAGGAAUCCGGUCACAUCACAGCGCCGUCGUUCUUGGGACAUGUCCACCCCCCAUUGACACUCCAUCUUGGCUCUUAAGUCUCUGCCUUUCAAGAAUAGCCGUAGCAAUAACACACCCCAUCAUGAGCUUCGAAAAUCCCCAGCCCGCAGUUGUCUGCGUGUUCUGCGGUUCAGUCUCCGGCACGAACCCGCGUCAUAUGGAAGCCGCACGCGCCCUCGCCCGAGAAUUCCACAAGAACAACAUCCACCUAGUCUACGGCGGCGGGACCAUAGGCCUAAUGGGCGAGCUAGCCCGCAGUCUAGUCCGUCUCUCCGGCCCGCAAGCCGUGCAUGGCAUCAUCCCCCGUGCUCUUGUAAAGAAAGAGCCGGGAUAUGACAACGCCCAGGAACAUCCCUCAUCAACUUCUGGCGUCCAGCAAGCUCGCGCAGGCAAGGACGCCGAACGCAUCAUCCCCACAAGCUCUAACACUAAGAGUAAUGGAACGGGAAUGUUCACUGAAUCUGAGUUUGGGACGACGACCAUCGUAGCGGACAUGCAUACGCGAAAGCGUCUGAUGGCGGAGAAGGUGCAGGAAGGAGGGCCCGGGUCGGGGUUUGUGGCGCUGGCGGGAGGGUUUGGGACCAUCGAGGAGGUGAUGGAGAUGACGACGUGGAAUCAGUUGGGUAUUCAUGGUGCGGGGGUGGUGGUGGUCAAUGUUGAUGGGUAUUGGGAUGGGGUGUUGGAGUGGGUGAAGAAGGCGGUGCAGGAGGGGUAUAUUGGGGAGGAGAAUGGGGGCAUUUUGGUCGAGGUGAAGGAUGUCAAGGAGGUGUGGCCCAGGUUGAGAGGGUAUCAAGUUAGUAAUGGGAGGAUGAGGUUGAAUUGGGGGGAGGAGUGAAGGGUUUAUAGUAAAUAUGUGUAAAGUGUAAAGGGAGAAAGAGGUAGAGGAAACAUCAU